AUAGGUUUGUUCCGGAAGCCUAAAUAAAGAUUUAUAUAACUGUUGGAUGUUUCACAGUAUCUAUUGUAUUUGAUGUAAGGUGACCGUUUAUGAGUAUCACAUAAUUGUAGUAGCAAGAUAUGUCAGGAGUAAAUUGGUGGGUGAGACGAGCAUCAGCUGAUGACUAUGAUGACGUCAUAUCUAUUCUACAAGACGGGGAAUACCAAGGAGACUACUUGUCUGAUUAUUUUCAUAUACUUAUAAAGAGUCCACUUUGUUAUCCAUACGUCUGUUUAGUCGAUGAUAAAAUAAUAGCAUUUGUUCAAAUUGUCAUAAUAGACAAUGGAGAAACUGCAUCUUAUCGGUCAGGGCGAGUGAGAAGAGAUUUUAGAGGUUUAAAUCUUCAUGACCAAUUUACCGACUUCACUCUGGAGGAUCUCAAAAAGAGAACAAGAGGCCUUAAACGUAUAGUUUUUGAAACAGGAAUGCAGUUCAAAGAUGUUUACCAAAGACUGGAACGAGGAGGGUAUACCUUUAUCACAGCACGUAAAUGUACAUUUUAUGCUGGUUCAAAAACUGCUGUGCAGAAAAGUAUUCAAACGUCUCAAAACGACUGUUCCUCUACAACACUAUUAGACGAAAAAAAUUUCCGAAAAGUUAUUGCAGCGAAGGAAAAAUAUCCAAAUGUAUUCAAAGAUGGCCGACUUGCAGUUGAUUCAGUAUUGUACCACAUUUAUCAGGAAAACGUACCAUUGAUACUGAUGGAAAGAACGAGCGCUGUUAUAUCAUACCCAGAAGUUUACGAUAAAACACUUUUAACUUUUUGCAGUUACUUUCGUUUACUGAACGGUGAAACUUUUUGUAAGCUUGAUAUAUAUGGUAAAAUCGGAAGCACUGUAUUAGAACAUAUGAAACUGCAUUUACGGAUUGUUUUGGAACAUGUUACUGAUGUGUUUACGAUUGAUGUUCGAUGUAAUGAGGAUAUAGACCUUAUUGACCAUGCUAUGAUAAACAUAGGUACGUCAAAAUUACCAGAAGGAACCUAUAGCCAUAAAGGCAAAGCUCUCUAUGAAAGACCUAUUGUGACACAAAGUAGGUUAUAGAUUGUGGAUCGUAUGACGCAGUGACAUUUUUGUUUAAUUAGCGACACAUACUAUUGGAGACUACAGUAACGUACAGGAAAUUGAAGUCGAUUAAACUUUUUACUUUUAAUUUCGAAUAGCUUGACGUUUCACCAGUUUACAAGAUGACUCAGAACAAAACUAGAGCAUGCUGUUUGAUGAUAAUUAUUAAUGAUUAACUCCUUAAAUAAAUCAUAAGCAUUACAAUUAACAAUUUCACAAAUCUGAUGUUAAUAAAAAAGACUUUUUAUAGAACACCCCAACAAAUGAAGGAAAAACAAUUAGUAACAUAAGUUGUUCUUUGUCACACGACACCGUAAAUUAAAACCGUUGUAUCUUGUAUUUAACAUGUUUAAUUUUAUUAUAAAUAUAUUUGAUUUGUUAUUUUACAGUUUGAAGAUCAACCAAAAUUA